GUCAUGAAACUAAAAUAUAAGGAUCGGUUCACUCCGCAGUAGCUCUUUUUGAAAGAGAAAACAAUCCCAGAAGUGUGCGGGACGGACGGACGCCCCUUCUCACGCUCCUCUGCCUGGACUUUCCUCCCUGAACUCCCACUUCCCUCUCACUCCCGUUCACGGAUGUUCCCUAAGGGUGGGGAGGAGGGGGGCAAGCUCUUCUCUCAGAUUGUCCUUGUCCACCUCCCCAAGGGGUUAUUCUGAGGGGUUACUCCAACCCUCCUACACAUUCACAGAAUUCAGUGGAAUGUCCGGGCCAGGCAAUCAGAGACUAAAGGUCGUUUAUUGAGCAGGACUCCGUGCCACCAGUGGGGAACUGGGUUGAGCAGGGGCGGCCCGGGGUGGAGGAACCCGCCGAUGGGGUAUGCAAGAUAAGGUGGGGGUAGGGCUGGGGGAUGAGAAUGGGAAAUCUGAAAGGGGAGGUGUGAGAAAGCAUCCUUAAGUGGGAAUGGGGUGCCUUCCCAAGAGACCGAAUUUGGAAUGUGGGGAUCUCUACAAGGGGAGGGAGUGCAGGGCCCUGAAAUGUCUGAAGGGACAAUAAAAGGAAUCUGAGAAGGUGGGAAACACAAGAGAUUGCCUGAGGAUGACGGGGAAGGAAAACCGUCCGCCCCGCGGGGCCAGUGGUGAAGGCUGGCCUCCCUGCAUCUCUUGAGAAGGAUCUUGAACAGGGAGGGUUCCACCCGUGGGCGGGAAGAGGCGAGCACCCGGGAUUUUCUGCGCUUCCAAGCUGGGGUUGCGGGUAGCCUAUAGGACAGCCGAGUAAGUGUCCCCUCCCCAACCUAGAACAAGGUUUAAUCUCUUAAUCUUCCUCAUUAAUCACUCACCCUCCUCCUACCCCUCUCUGUGGAUCCGGUUUCUCCCCAGCUCGAGUUCCAGUACUGGGAAAAGUCCCCUUCUGUGGCCCCACGAUCCCCUGGACUAGUCCCUGGCCGCUAUGAUGACCUUAGAGGGGCCUCUGCUGUCCUGGGCCUCCUCCCUUUGCUAGUCUCCACUUCCAUCUCCUCCCCCAAACUCAUGUUUGGGAGCUGUCCAAUCCCAGUACCUGAGCCCAGCUGCAGAGGGGAGAACCAGGCGGGAGAGAUGGAAGGGGCUGCAAGGCACAGGCCCAUAAGGAGCUCCGCACUCCUCACAGACACACGCAAGUAAUUGAGAGCAGAGGUAGAGACAGACACAAAAGCCACAUAGAGGAUGUAUGAGUGAAGAUUGCAGCGUCUGCUUGGUGACAUGCCUGGGAUGCAGUGGGGCAGUUCCUGCUGCCUCCAGAGAGCCGCUUUAUUGCACAUUAAGUGAAACCACUGGGAUGGUUUCCAGGGCUGAGGCCUGUAGCCCGAAGAUCUCUCCAGGACCUCCUCUGCCCCUCACCAUUAAUAACCAUUUAACAAGGUCCUGAGGCAGCUCAGCUUUCCACCAUGGCCUGGCUCUGCUCUUUGAUCCAGCAGUGGCCUAUCAGGCUUUAAGUGUGUUGCUCAGCUUUCCAGGAGGGCAUUGUGUGAAUGUUGUGGGUGGGGGAGGGGGGUUGUUGGAGUGAGCCCUUUACCAAGAAGACCCUAUGAAGGUGCCUUCCCAUCUUUGUCAAAGAGUCUUUGGCCCAGGUGCCUUGGAUCUCCUAAGCCCUGUUUAGGGAACCCCAAUUGCAUGCUGCAGUUGCCCCAGGGAAUAGACAGGUGGACACUGCACAGAUGGUGGGAGACGCAGCAGUCUACAAGAAAAGUGACAUAAUGGACAGUCCAGGAGGGACUGGCCUGGUUCUUCGUGGCACUGUUUUAAAAAGCUAGAAGCACAUCAGUUUCUAACUUCCCUGGGCAGCAAAGCUGCAAGCUCCUCAGGAGUGGCAGGGCUUCCCUGCCUCUGGGCUGUCAAUCCUCCAACUGUUUGGGGUGGAAUGUAGGAACAAAACCCAUACCUUGCUGGGUCUCCACUGCUGAGGCACCGCUGUCCCUGAGCUGCCUUCUUCCUACAAAGGAGGGCUGCAGGUGCUUACCCAGGUAUGAGCCCAGAACCAGUAUAAGUGUGGCAGAUAAAACCCAGAUUAAAGAGGAAUGAAUACACCAGGCCUCACAGUUAGCACCUGGGUUGUCAGGAUGCCUGUCCCAAAAUCCAGCUGGGUUCGUAAAGUCUGCCCUUCAAGUCUCUCUUCUAUGGGGAGUGACCCCUCUCUGGCCAGGGCACCUUGCUCCUCUUGGCAGUUUCUGAGCCUCCGCAGGCUGGGGAAACCAUACAUACCUGAACUAUGGGAGCUUAAGAAGAAGAAGACAAAGACAGACAAAAUCGACUGAUUUUGCCAGUCCUCACUGACAAAGACCCCUCCUGGGCAGUUGCACCAGUUUGGAGUUCCCUGGGUCUUCUCUCCUGCGGCCCGGGUCUCCUGGCAGCUUCUCUGUGUGUUCUGACCUCGUCAGGUGGGGCAGCCUAGAAUCCAUUUACCUGUGCUUGCUUCUUCGUGGCAUCCCCACUACUCCCAGUUGCAGUCGCUCUGCCAGGCCAGGUCCUCUCAAGUGUUGCGCCCCCGACCCACGCAGCACUAAUCACUUCCAGCCGCCAGGACCUUUUAAACAAUGUUUCUCAGGGGUGGGGUGGGGAAGAGGGAGCCAGGUUAGGAGACUGAGGUCCUAGCUGGGAUCAGAUAUCCCAGCACAGUCAGUCCUGAUAGCCUUCCUUAGAACUUUGCAAAUCCCCAGCCGCUGGGGCCAGAGAAGGCAAUUUUAUCGUCUACGAGUUUAUGAGCCAGAGCGGCUGCUAGGCGGGGAGUCGGCGGCAUACAGCGUCUGGAGGUAUGGCCCGGCCUGACUGUGCACAGUGCAGCACCCCGCAGCGCGGAGCAGCCCCGCGGCCCUGCUCUGAAGGGUAGUUUGGUCGGCUUCUGCUCUCCGCGCCUGCCCCAGCCUGCAGAAUUACCCUCCCCGGACAUCUAGGAGCUCCAAACCCAUCAGGGCCCAGGGUGGAGAGGUGGGGACGCAGGAGGAGGGGCACACGGGACUCGGGCCCAGAGCCGGGGGCGGGUCCGAGGCUAGGGGCCCGGAUCGGGAGCCAAGCGCUGGGGCCCAGGCGGCUGCGGAGCCGAGCGCAGCGGGCAGCGGGACCGCCCCAGCCCGGCCGACCAUGAACUCGGGACGCGAGCCCCGAACACCCCGGACACUCUUAAGCAUCGCAGACAUCCUAGCCCCGGGCAUGGUCCCCCGAGCACCCUCUGCGCCGCAGCUUCCAGAGUCGGGUCCGGGUCCAACGUCGCCGCUGUGCGCGCUGGAGGAGCUGACUAGUAAAACUUUCCGCGGACUUGACGCGCGCGCUCCGCAGCCCUCUGAAGGGCGGGCAGCCGCGAACGCGCUGGGCCCUGGCCCUGCUGGCCGCAAACGGCGCAAGUCACGCACGGCGUUCACCGCGCAACAGGUGCUGGAGCUGGAGCGGCGCUUCGUCUUCCACAAGUACCUGGCGCCGUCCGAGCGAGACGGGCUAGCUACGCGACUAGGCCUGGCCAACGCGCAAGUGGUCACUUGGUUCCAGAACCGACGAGCCAAGCUCAAGCGCGACGUGGAGGAGAUGCGCGCCGACGUCGCCUCACUACGUGCGCUGUCCCCCGAAGUCCUGUGCAGCUUAGCACUGCCCGACGGCGCUCCAGAUCCCAGCCUCCGCCUCGGACCCGCCGGCCCUGACUCCCGGCCCCACCAGUCAGACGAGGAGAUACAGGUGGACGAUUGAAGACAAAGCCGCCGCCAACCCUGGGCUCUGGGGUCCGGGACUCCUCACCUCGUGCUCUGCCUCCUGCCCGAGUUCCAGGGUGGAGGAAGGAGGUCCACUUGGGCCUCUUCCGGCCCACAGUCCAGACGCUCACCUUUCCCGGUUUUUUUUUUUUUUGUAAGUUUGUUUUGUUGUUUGAGCCAGGG